UGAUGUAGCAGACUGCAUUACGCGGUGGAAUAAACAGCCUCGUCUUCUUGGGACUGACUGAUUCUGCUGAGUACGUUGGCUCUGUUGGCUCUGUGACGAGGGUCCUCUGACUGCCCUCGUUCCUUUCUUCCUGUGACGACGGUAGAGGAUUCACUCAGUCCUCCGACUACCCUCUGCUCUCUGUUCCUCUCCGAUCCUCUCCUCCCUUGACGAGGGUACAGGAUUAACUCAGUCCUUUGACUGCCCUCUCCUCCUCUCCAUUCCUCUAUUUUCCUAUUUUCUGUUCCUCUCUUUCUGUGACGAGGGUACAGGAUUUAAUUAUUAUUAUUUUUAUUUGUUUUACCUUUAUUUAACUAGUCAAGUCAGUUAAGAACAAAUUCUUAUUUUCAAUGACGGCCUAGGAACAGUGGGUUAACUGCCUCGUUCUGGAUUUACUUAGUCCUCUGACUACAGACGAGACCCUGUCCUCGUCUAUUCAUUGGACUGAUUGGAAGUGAUGGAACAGCAGCGGGGUGCAGGCGCUCCAGAGGGUGUGGUGUCGGGGGUGCUGACCCCUCCCGUCAGGAGGAACAGUAAACUGGCCAGUCUGGGACAGAUCUUUAAACCCUGGAAAUGGAGGAAAAAGAGGAACGGCAAGAUCCAACAGAACUCCACAGUGGGAAUCGAACCCACAACCCUGGCCGUUGCGCUGUGUGUUUCAGCUUUAGAGCGGACCCGGGAUGAACUGGCCAAUAGGGGCCUGGAGGGGAUUGAACCAGAGUUUUGUGAGGCGUGUGGAGGGUUAGAAGACCCUGACACUCCUAGCCAAUCUGACGCAGAGGAGAGAGAGGAGGAGGAGCCUUUGGCGCCCCUGGCAACCACCUCAGAGUACCUGGUCAGCGAUGAAGACAACCCAUCUACAGCUGUUGAUCUGACAGAAGACACUUUGACAGUGGCGGACCAGAGUGAGGACGGAGGGGAGGAGGACACCUCCCUCUGUGAGCCCUGUGUGGACAGCUUUCUGGUACAGGCUGAGACAGGAGGGGGGCAGGAGACACCUCACCCCAUGGACCCCCCAUGGGACCUCCCACACCCCAACCUGCCCAAACUACUUACCAGGCUGGGCAGCCUAGAGGGUCCUCACCCCUUCCCUAAGUCGGAUCCCAACCUAGAGAGGAAGAAGUCUCCAGCCACUCUACCCAGGAACUUCACUUUGCCCAGGACUACCCAGGGUUCCUUGCUGCGAGGACGGAUCUCCACCCCUACCGGUUCCCCUCACCUGGGGGCACUGCGACCCCCACCGCCCCCCAGCUGUAUUAUAGAGGAGCUACAUCGGGCCCUGGCCACCAAACACAGACAGCACAGUUUCCAACCGAAGGAAAUGAGCUCUUCUCCGAAGCUUCGGUACGACAGUCGUCUGUUGCGUACAGCCAGCGUGGAGAAAGUCCCAACCGGAGGGAUGGAGAGAGAGAAGGAGAGAGAGAAGGAAUCAGACGAGAACAAGGAGAACAGACGUCUAGAUGAAUUCUACAACGACCCUGACCGCUGGAAUGACUCUGUCAUCUCCGGCACCCUGCCGCGGCGGAUGCGUAAGGAGUUGUUAACGGUGAAGCUUCGUAACCGGCCCAGUCAGCAGGAGCUGGAGGACAGAAACAUCUUCCCUGUUCGCUCAGACCUGGAGAGACAGGAGACACGACAGCACAUAGAGACCAAGCUGGCCAAGCGGCUGAGCCAGAGACCCGCGGUAGAGGAGCUGGAAAGUCGGAACAUCCUCAAACAGAGGAACGACCAGUCAGAGCAGGAGGAGAGGAGAGAGAUCAAACAGAGACUCAACAGGAAGUUGAACCAGCGUCCUACAGUAGAUGAGUUGAGGGACAGGAAGAUACUGAUUCGUUUCAGUGACUAUGUUGAGGUGGCCAAGGCUCAGGACUACGACCGCAGGGCAGACAAACCCUGGACCAGGCUGUCUGCUUCAGACAAGGCAGCAAUAAGGAAGGAGCUGAAUGAGUUCAAGAGCAACGAGAUGGAGGUUCACAAUUCCAGCAAGCACCUGACAAGGUUCCAUCGACCGUAGUGUAGAGGUAGUUUCUUCUGUGAAGAAGCAGCUGUGUGGUCAGUGUAGACCACGUGACAGUCUCCUGUUCCCAGGCCCAGUCUCCUGUUCCCAGGCCCAGUCUCCUGUUCCCGGAUGUUCGACCUACAGAUUUCUGUCUGUCUCUCUACCAACAUGGAGGAGCUGUCUGUCUCUCUGUGUGUCACAAUGGAGGCUAUGUCUCUAGAGCUGGAGCCCAGGAAAGAUCAAAUCAGACUGAUAAACUCUUAAAGGAACUAUUAACACGUCAAUGUGUGCUGUUUCCUGGAUGUCAUCCAAUGAGAAAAAGACUCCUGGAUGUCAUCCAAUGAGAAAAAGACUCCUGGAUGUCAUCCAAUGAGAAAAAGACUCCUGGAUGUCAUCCAAUGAGAAAAAGACUCCUGGAUGUCAUCCAAUGAGAAAAAGACUCCUGGAUGUCAUCCAAUGAGGAAAAGACUCCUGGAUGUCAUCCAAUGAGAAAAAGACUCCUGGAUGUCAUCUAAUGAGAAAAAUACUCCUGGAUGCCAUCCAAUGAGAAAAAGACUCCUGGAUGCCAUCCAAUGAGAAAAAAGACAAAUGAAGAAGACGGCACCACAACGAAACAAGUCGUUUCUCUCAAUUCACUCCAAGCCAGCAGUCUGAACGAAUCAGAAUCAGAAAACUUUAUUGCUACGCAACAAAUGUUGCUACAAAUUUUCUCUCGAUGUUAUUUUCAAGUUUUACGGAAUCAAAUGCAGGUUCCUUCUCGACAAUGGAACAACAAGAAAUAAUAAAAAGAGUAAAACACAAACAUAAAGGAUAAUAAGACAUUUACCUUUAUUUUCACACUUUAGUCAUUAAACAGAUGCUCUUAUUCAGAGGGACUUACAGGAGCAAAUAGGGUUAAGUGCCUUGUUUUACCAGCAACCUUUCAGUUACUGGCCCAAUGAUCUUGACCGCUAGGCUACCUGCCACCAGAUAAAGGUUCAAACUGAUGAGACAGUACAUCCCCCAAACUGCUGGUAUGGAAUAAACUGAUGACACAGUACAUCCCCCAAACUGCUGGUAUGGAAUAAACUGAUGAGACAGUACAUCCCCCAAACUGCUGGUAUGGAAUAAACUGAUAGAAAUGAUGUCGUCUGUGAGUGCUGGUCGUCUUGUUUCGUAGUGGAGUUGGAUCGUUUGGAUUAGUCAAAAGGGAGGAACUAUGAAGAGCCUUCAUCUUAGCCCAGUGGAACCAGCUCAUAGGGAGGAACUAUGAAGAGCCUUCAUCUUAGCCCAGUGGAACCAGCCCAUAGGGAGGAACUAUGAAGAGCCUUCAUCUUAGCCCAGUGGAACCAGCCCAAAGAGAGGAACUAUUGUAGAAAGGCUAUGAUACGUGGAGUGAAACAGAAUGGUGAAGGCAACGAUCAGACUUGUUUCACCAGGGUACCUCCAACCUGCUCAGAGACAGGAAUCAGACUUGUUUCACCAGGGUACCUCCAACCUGCUCAGAGACAGGGAUCAGACUUGUUUCACCAGGUUACCUUCAACCUGCUCAGAGACAGGGAUCAGACUUGUUUCCCCAGGGUACCUCCAACCUGCUCAGAGACAGGGAUCAGACUUGUUUCCCCAGGGUACCUCCAACCUGCUCAGAGACAGGGAUCAGACUUGUUUCCCCAGGGUACCUCCAACCUGCUCAGAGACAGGGAUCAGACUUGUUUCACCAGGGUACCUCCAACCUGCUCAGAGACAGGGAUCAGACUUGUUUCCCCAGGGUACCUUCAACCUACUCAGAGACAGGGAUCAGACCUGUUUCACCAGGGUACCUCCAACCUGCUCAGAGACAGGGAUCAGACUUGUUUCCCCAGGGUACCUCCAAUCUGCUCAGAGACAGGGAUUAGACUUGUUUCCCCAGGGUACCUCCAACCUGCUCAGAGACAGGGAUCAGACUUGUUUCCCCAGGGUACCUCCAACCUGCUCAGAGACAGGGAUCAGACUUGUUUCACCAGGGUACCUCCAACCUGCUCAGAGACAGGGAUCAGACUUGUUUCCCCAGGGUACCUUCAACCUGCUCAGAGACAGGGAUCAGACUUGUUUCACCAGGGUACCUCCAACCUGCUCAGAGGAAACAUAUUUUCUCCUUCAGAGGAACAUCUGAACAUUUUGUCUUAUAAUCUUGUUUCUACAAGUCAGGGGAUGGAGGAGACGCCAGGUUACGUCUCAAAUGGCACCCAGUUCCCUAUAUAGUGCACUACUUUAGACCAGGGUUCCCUAUAUAGUGCACUACUUUAGACCAGGGUCCCCUAUAUAGUGCACUACUUUAGACCAGGGUCCCCUAUAUAGUGCACUACUUUAGACCAGGGUUCCCUAUAUAGUGCACUACUUUAGACCAUGGUUCCCUAUAUAGUGCACUACUUUAGACCAUGGUUCCCUAUAUAGUGCACUACUUUUGACCAGGGCCCUUAUGGACAAAGACCUUGAGGAGGUCAUUUCUAUGUCAGAGGACAGAAGAUACCAGGUCGUGUCUGCCAUACUUUUUUCAAAACAGACUCUUUGAAAGCAUUUACGAACAAUGGCCUUGGAAACACCUUGGAAACACUAGCAGAGGAGAGAUGUGGAAAGAUGAGGAGAGAAGAGGAGAGAUGUGGAAAGAUGUGUAGAGAAGAGGGGAAAUGUGGAGAGAAGAGGAGAGAUAAGAGGAAAUGUGGAGAGAUUAGGGGAAAUGAGGGGAAAUGUGGAGAGAUUAGGAGAGAUGAGGGGAAAUGUGGAGAGAACAGGAGAGAACAGGAGAGAUGAGGAAAGAUGAGGAGAAAUGUGGAGAGAAGAGGGGAGAAGAGAAGAGGAGAGAUGAGGAGAGAUGAGGAGAGAAAAUGAGAGAAGAGGAGAGAUGAGGAGAGGUGGAGAAAUGAGGAGAGAAGAGGAGAGAUGAGGAGAGAUGAGGAGUGGUGGAGAAAUGAGGAGAGAAGAGGAGAGAUGAGGAGAGAAGAGGAGAGAUGUGACCAAGAGCCCUUUCCUCUCCUCUCCUUUCCAGUAAUGCUAGUUGGGCCUUUCCUCUCCUCUCCUUUCCAGUAAUGCUAGUUGGGCCUUUCCUCUUCUCUUCUUUCCAGUAAUGCUAGUUGGGCCUUUCCUCUCCUCUCCUUUCCAGUAAUGCUAGUUGGGCCUUUCCUCUUCUCUCCUUUCCAGUAAUGCUAGUUGGGCCUUUCCUCUUCUCUCCUUUCCAGUAAUGCUAGUUGGGCCUUUCCUCUCCUCUCCUUUCCAGUAAUGCUAGUUGGGCCUUUCCUCUUCUCUUCUUUCCAGUAAUGCUAGUUGGGCCUUUCCUCUUCUCUCCUUUCCAGUAAUGCUAGUUGGGUCGCAAAAUGUCUGGUAAAUUUCCCCAAAUUCCCUGUCUGGAGAAUUCCCGGAAUAAUUUUGCGACCCUCCAUGUUAUUCUCCCCCCAGUACCCAGGCAUCUGUCUCUGUGAGCUGGACUGCAGGGAGUCUCAUAACAACCUGUUAAUUCAUCAUCAUCAUCAUCAUUAUUAUUAUGUUAUGCUGUUGGCAAGAGGAAACCAUGUCUGUCUGAACAACAUCUCAGACAACCAUCCCUUUGUAAACACUAUUAUUGUCUGCACAAUACAAGUUUUGACUUUUUAAAGAAC